UUUUUCUUUGCUCAACAAAAAAAUUCUUAAAAUCUAAUUGCGGCGGCGUUGCAAUUGCAAUUUAUUAUUAUUGCUGUGCAAAAUUAGCAAGCAACAUUUGUGGAACGCAUUGUAUUGUAUUCUAAAGCUGCGAAGCUGCUACUUCAUUGUAGCCAAGGCCUCAAAUCAGAAGCCGAAACGAUUUUUCGAGCUGCAAUUAAAUUGUAUUACUCACUAAGAAUACGGGAAAUAUGGCGGAGCGCAGCAUACAUGAAAUGCUUAAGGACACGCCGUCCAUGAACGACAGCUGUAGUGCCGUGCAUACAGGCACUGAGGGUGCCAGCAUUGGCAUGGGCAUGGGACUAAGCAGCAGUGCCAGCAGCCAUAGCAUGGGAGGCAGCGGUACCAGCAACCCACUAGCCACCACCGUUAGCUUACCACUGCGCAAUCAUUCCGCACCCACCACACCAAUGUCGCCGACGGGAUCACAGGCAAUUAACGGCAUGUUGACAUCACCGGAGAGUCUUAUACGGACGAGUGCUUCCAAAAUUGAUAGCAUCAAGAAUUGGAGCAUAUCAACAUACAAGUGCACGCGUCAGAUAAUGCUCGAAAAGCUGGGCAAAUCUCAGCGCACUGUUGACUCGGAUCUGGAGGCACAAAUCGAACAAUUACGCGAUACACAGCGUAAAUAUUUGUCCAUAUUACGCCUAACUCGUGCCUUCAGCUCACAUUUUCAACAUGUGGUGAUAACGCAGCAUUCACUGGCAGAUGCCUUUGCGGAUUUGGCGCAAAAGAAUCCCGAACUACAGAAGGAAUUCAUUUGCAAUUCGGAAACGCAACGAAAUUUAACCAAAAAUGGUGAAUUGCUUUUGAAUGCGUUGAACUUUUUCAUCUCUUCGGUGAAUACAUUGUGUAAUAAGACCAUUGAUGAUACUUUGCUAACAAUACGACAAUAUGAAACAGCCAGAAUUGAAUUUGAUGCCUAUCGCAUGGACUUGGAGAAUACGAAACCCGAGCUUACACAGGCCGCCAGCAGCUUGGAGGAAACACAACGUAGUUACGCACAUCACAAGGAUCAGUAUGAGAAACUGCGUGGUGAUGUUGCCAUAAAAAUGCAAUUUCUUGAUGAAAAUCGCAUUAAAGUUAUGCACAAGCAGCUAAUAUUACUCCAUAAUGCAAUUGCAGCAUAUUUCUCAGGCAAUGCCAUGGCACUGGAAAGUACUUUAAAACAAUUCAACAUUAAACUUAAAUCACCGAACAAUUCAGUUGGCUCUUGGCUGGAACAGUAGUAGAUCCUGUAUACACCACACAAAUUCAAGUAUUAUAAUUCCACAUGGUACACAAGAACAUUUCUCAUAUGCCGCGGCAAUAAUGCGUUUAUAUUUAUAUAUUACACACAUAACAAAGGAACACUAGCUCUCCAUGGCAACAAAGUGCAAUGUGCAAUGAAUAACAAUAUCUAGUGCUUAAACCUAAGUUGUAUUCUUAAUUAAUAAGCAUAAAAUGAUUAUGUUUUGUAGCAUUGUUUUAUGUAUGUUCCACACGUAACACAUUUACAAAAGUUCCUUGUGUUUCAAAUCAAAUUAUUUAUAUAUUCUUGCAUGCCCCAUAACCACAUAACUAUGUAAAUUAUCAAAAUAGACCCAAACUAAAAAUGAACUGUCUCAUAAAACAGCAAAUUUUACUUAGUUAAUUAUCAGUUACAUUAUAUACAAUCAAUU